GACUUGUGACAUAACAACAAAAGUUGAAAACAGUCUGUAAAACGAUGGAAAUUUUUAUACGUGGAAAAGUUUUAAGCUAAUCUGAAAAUAAUCAAUAUAUAAAACAAAAUGAUGCCAGUGCUAAUCCGUCGAAUGUUUCCGGCUCGUUGCUCACUCCAGUGGUGCAAAUAUUUCAGCGCAAAGGCAUCGGAAAACGUCUCCGAUAGGAAGGAUUCCUCCACAGAUAAAAUUUCCACCAGUCACUCGAAAUCGGAGAAACUGAUCAAAGUUGCAAUCAUAGGAGUACCGAAUGCAGGAAAAAGUACACUUAUUAAUCAUCUAAUUGACCAACGGGUUUGUCCAACAUCGAUGAAAGUGCACACCACACGAAAAACUGCCCGGGCGAUUCAGAACCGUGCCAACUCACAGUUGGUUCUGUUCGACACCCCGGGGCUGGUGGGGGAGCGAGAAAUGAAGAAGCACCAGAUUGGGGCCAAUUUUAUUACGGCCUGUCGGCAGGCUUUACAUAGUUCGCAAUUGAUCGGGGUGGUACACGACGUGUCUAACAGUUGGACGAGAAAUUCUCUCAACCCUAUUCUGCUGGAAGUGCUGAAAAGUCACAUGCACAUUCCUAGUUUCCUCAUUCUAAACAAAAUUGAUACACUCAAGUCUAAACGAGUGCUGCUGGACAUUGUCAGGAAUAUCACCAACAACCAGUUGGAGACUAUUAAAAACUAUCACAUCAAAAAAAGAAAGAGUGACGAGAAGCAACCGGAAGUUAAGAACAAAUCAGCGGGCGAAGAAGGAUGGCCUCAUUUCACGGAAAUCUUCAUGGUGUCUGCUAUCACUGGUGAUGGAUUGAAGGAAGUGAUGAAUUUCGUCUACUCACAUGCGAUGCCUGGAACGUGGGAACAUUUGCCCGAGGAAAACACUGACCAAACCCCGGAGGAACUGAUCGUGCAGAGCGUGCGAGCCCGUUUGCUGGACUAUCUGCCACAGGAGAUACCGUACCUGUUGCAGACGGAGAUAGAGUUUUACGAGAGUAUCAAGGGGAAGAUUUUCGCCAGCACCGUCGUCACCUGCCCGAACGGACGACUGGAACGGCUGGUUUGCGGAGAAGGCAAUGGGAAGUUGAGGCAGAUAACGGAACGAGUGACGUCUGAUUUGAUUGAGACAUUUUCGGUGCCGGUUUCGUUGAGUAUUGUAACGAGAGUUAACAAUAAGCAGAACUAAUUCUGAGAGAUAUUAACAUGUCUGAUUGGAUGGUAGG